AUGGUGGUGUACUGUGAGGCGCCGGCGAACUGGAACUUGAAUGAGGAGAGGGCGACCUUCGCUUCGCGUCCGCCGAGUCUCUACCCUUUUACCAAUGCAGAUGCGGAUGCAGAGGCAAAUGCGAAGCCGAAUUGCGGUGGGGCGGAUUCGAACCCGGGAGUGGCCGAUUCCAACUCAUCGUCGAACUCGGCUGGAGGAAACUCGGCCGCUGGAAGUUGGAGUCGUACCAGUGCCAGCGGGUGGAGCAAGACACGGACACCGUACUUCCGACACGCGGACAACGGCGGUCUAUACCCAAAACAGGUGACGACGCCACUCAUGUUCUCCGACUGCGGGUCGUUGAAGGAACUCCAGGCGGCAGAGCAAGCGCGCGACAAGACCUACGAAGAGACGCUGACGCGACAACCCACGGACUGGAUGUUUCCCGCGGCAAUGCGGCAGAGCAACUCCAACCACCCUGUGGAAGACCGAGGUGUUUUUGCCACUCUGUCUUACGCGGGCAAUUUUGUGGCCGGCACGGAGCCUGCAAUAAAUUCUGGUGGCGCUCAAGACUGUGGUAGCACUCAAACUUCUGAUGGCAGUCAAGACUAUAGUGGCGCCCAAACUUGUGAUGACGCCCAAGACCCCAGUUCCGUGUCUGGGAGAAAAGCUGAGUUGAUAGACGGGGAACAAUCGGGUCGACAGUGGAUGAUGGCGGCAGUGAUUGAUGGGCACUCCGGUUGGCAGACGUCGGAAUAUGUGGCGAAGAACUUAGCGAAGUUUGUGGACAGCGGUUUGCGACGUGUACGGGGAGUGCUGACAGCGGAUCGAUUGCGGGACGUGCUGACGGAUUCCUUUUUGUCGCUGGAUGAGAGUUUGCGACAGAAGGUGAUUGGUGCGGUGGAGUUGGGGCACAGUUUGGCGGGUAAGCCGGGUGCGACGACAGCCUGUUGUCUUCUCAAUGGUGAGUAUGUGGUAAUGGCGAAUGUAGGUGAUUCUCGUGCCUACUUGUGUCGUGCCGGACGGCCGGUGGCCCUGAAUGCGUGUCACAAUGCAGGAGACCCAGUGGAGAGUGCACGACUAAAGGCCGACCACCCGCAUGACCCAGACAUCAUCCGUUGUCACGAACCGGCGCCUCAAAACACGCGUGUGGUCAGAGACCCGCCGCCGAACUGGUUACUCAAACUGGCUACGGUUACUGGAAUACACGACUACUCGCAACCCCGCCCGCCUACGCCUGCCUGCUAUGUCAAGGGCCGUCUGCAAUUAACUCGUGCUUUCGGAGACUUCUAUCUCAAAGACGCAAAAUUCGCAAACGACUGGACACGCCGCAAACUCAUGGUCGGCCUCCCCCAUAGUUUUCCCUACAUAACUGCGCGACCAGAGAUCACCAUACUCAAACAAGACUACGCCGCAGAUGAGUUCAUCAUCAUCGCCAGCGACGGCGUCUGGGAUGAACUGACUCCGGAAGAAGCAUGCGCUAUCGCCAGCAACCAUAACUCACCCGCCGCUGCCGCCACCGCCAUCCAAAGAGCUGUAAUCGAACGCGUUGCUUGGAAACACUACAAAACCAAAAGAGACAUCACCUCCAUGACCCCCAAACAACGCAGGGCACAUAUCGACGACAUUACCUGCAUUGUUAUCGACCUCAAACCCCAGUAG